AUGUGGCUGAAGGGAAACGGGCUCGUCUUCCGGGCGCGCCCGCCCGACAGCCGCGUCACGACGAUCCUCGUCACGCUCCCCAUCAAGUUCCGCGACAGGGGCGCAAGGAGAGGCUUUACGGGCGCGGAUCUCGAGUGGACCGCGCUCAUCGCUGGUUGCGAGUACGAGGUGCAGCCAGUUCGUACGGUCACGCGCAUGACGCUCGUCUACGUCGUCCACAUUAAGGGCUUCGCCACCGCAGGGUUCCAGCCCGACCUGCUCAUCACACCGAGCGACCAGUUCUUGGAUAUGCGCUCUCCUCGACGCAAGAUCGCAUUUUACGACACUGCCGACUACGGCGUUAACCCGGGAGAGGUCGUCGCGGAGUCGUUGGUGCCUAGCCUCAAGGGCGGCGACUCGAUGCUGUUACCAGCUCUGAAGAUUUGCAAGCUCGUACCGGAGCUGCGCUGGACCGUGGGCGGGUAUAUCUGGCCCGUGGACCAGACGGUGGAGAUGACGCACGAGAACGCGGAGCUGGCAUCCGCCACCGAGUCCGCCUCUACGCCCACCUCCACGUCGACCACCGCUUCCUGGUUACAUCUGCCGCUGCCGCUGCCCGCGCCUGUCCUCGUCGUCCGCGCGCGACUCGCUCGAGCCGCCCCGGACGAAACUACGAGCCCUCCUCAUGCCAGGCCCCCGUGCCUGAUGGCCUCGAGGACGUCCACGCCGCGCCCUCGCUUCGACCCACCACCACCGCUUGUCACACGGGAUCUCCUUCCGGAGCUCGUUGAGCCGCCGCAGCGCCGGGCGGAUGCACACGCUCGUCGGCCCCCACAGCCGCUCGACGUCGUCCUCCCAUGCGAGCUCCGCUGCGAGCUAUGGGGGUGGGGUUGGCAUGCUCAGCCUCUCCCCGCGUUCGCGCGCGUUGUCGAACCCGAUCAACCCCGGGCGGCAGGAGCGGAGCGCGAGGAGGCGGAGCAACGGGACCGCGCGUGCGAGCGCUGGGGGAGCGCGAGCAGCGCGUCGACGCGGCAGACCUCGGCCUCGCGCAGGGCGUCGACCCCGGCCAUGCUCGCUGCUAUGGGCCCGGGAACGCGGGCAGGAAGUCCAGGAUGA